AUGAGUUUGAGGGUUUGGAGCUGUACGCUGUCCAAGAAUGGCAACCUUAUUCACCCUUCUGUGAUGAGCCAAGGCAUUGCAAAAGACUGUUCUUACCAACUCCUUCACAUUGCCAUCGACCGGGUGAACCAUCCUCAGGACAGAGCUUCAGGCAAUCUCACGUUGAAGACUGCAUCAUUCAAGGUGAUGGCAUUCCUACCCUAUCCAGCCGUUCCAACAUCUCUGCUUGGAAUUUCUGUUGAGAAAUCCGUGCAAGUUCCCUGUGGCGCUCUGCUUUCGCUGCAUCCUGCCGUGAAGUGA